AUGGAAAGGAUGGUCUCCGUUUCGCGCCCACCCGUUCAAGCAACACCUGUCGCCACGAAUUCUCUAUCGACACGCUUAUCUGAGUUCGUGUGCAAUCCGGACAACGGUUGUACAUUCGGGGUCUGGCACAGUCGCUACGAGGACGUCAUCUCAAAGGACGGUGCUACCUUGGACGAUGCAGCGAAGGCACGACCAAUUGUCUCCAAACUAGACUCGUCACAUACGCCCGUUUCACCGACCACAUUCUCCCUAAAAGAGCGUGCGAUGUUCCCUUAA